UCUACAUCCUCUCUCUUUCUUCCCCCCAAGUCUCUUAUCUCUUUCUUAUUUUUUCUUUCCGGCCUUAAUUCUCCCGUUCACGGCGGAGCUACCGCUUAAACCACCGUCCGUACACCGGCAUCCACCGUCCUUGCCGGAAUCCGUCGAUCUCUUUUUAGAUCUUUAUUUCACUUUCCCUCAAAUUCAUUCCCCUCCCUUCUCUAACACAAACGUUUUCAGUUUUUAAAGUAAUUUCUCUUCAAUUUUAAAAAGUUUUUGAGAGUUACGAGAAAUAUAAAAUAAAAAAGUAAAUAAAUAAUUAUCUUUUCUUCUCUUAACAUCGACGUUUCUACGGGCGAAUUUAGCAAACCUUUCAGAUGAGUUCAGAAAAGCAACCACGACGACUAUCAUGCGCCCCUUACUUUGAUGCCCUCUGGUUCUGCUACUCUCCAGUCCAUCAGAUGCAGCAGUACUAUAGAGUUGGUGUCCUUGAUAAUUGUAGUCAGAAAUGGAGUGCUCUCUUUGAUUGUCUGACUUUAAAAACCAAAAGGUUUUCUGAAGUGGAGGAAAUUUUGGAAACACGUGAGAAAGCAAAGCCUCACCUGUGGUCAUUUCGAACCCCAGAAGAAGCCGCGUCUCAUUGGAGAGAACUCUUUGAACAUCUAGAUGAAGAGUAAAAUCCCAAAGGCAUACCUUCUCCAGCGAUCCCUUAUUAGUUGCUAAGACCUUUUCAUCAGACAUUUGCCCAAUUGACACGAGAAAGAUCAUUUUCUACUCAUUAGAAAUAAUUCUCUUCCCAUUGAUUCAUGCUUCAAACAUGUUAUAGCGUGCAUGUUAUUAUCAAAUUAAAGAGUGGGUUUCUGAAGAGAUGCACCAGUUUAGUAUAGGAACUUUAUGUUGUAAAAUUCUCUUUUUUUGUUUUGUUUUUAAGAGAGAUAGAAGCCAGCAUGAACGAAAUUUCAACUGUCUUAACCGUUGGAGCAAGCUGACCUGAUCCGGAUGAAAUUGAGCUUAGCACAUCAAUAUGAAGAGAUGGGACAAAGCGUCAUUCAUCUUUCUCUUUGAUGUUGUUUUAGUGCCUGUACAUGGUGCUUCUGCUAAGAAGAGAGGACACUCACUGUUUGCUGAGUGACAGAAACCAGAAAAUGUCAAUUCCAAUGUCUCCCAGGAGGCAUCAUGACCUGGAGCCCAAUUUUCUGUAAAUGAUACAAUAAUAGAAGGUCCUUAGACAUAAUAGUUCUCAUUACAACAAUGAAGUUUUUGUUAUGUUGUCCUUGUUUAGACUUGAUAUCUGAUUUCUCAUAAAUGUUACAACAAUGGGAGGUCCUAAGACAUA